CGGCCACCCAGGCGGUGGUUGGCUGAGCCUCCGGGGGAGAGGCCCCCCCCACGGUCCUCCUGCCUAGGUCCCCCAGAAGGGGGCGGGGUCAGACAGGGGUUGGCGGCCUGGGGGGGGGGGCGGAGCGCCACACCCCCCCCCCCCACCGCCCAGCUCCUGCCUCCUCCCACUCACCCCUAGAGUCCCAGUGCCUCCGGAGUCCACAGCUCGGACCCGAGGCUGCGGGUGCUGUAUCCGGGGCGCACGUGUGCCACGCGGGGCCGGGUUCCUGCAGGGCAUGGACUCCGGCCAGGACUUCUUGAUCCUGCACGGUCUACAGGAUGAUGAGGACCUGCAGGUUCUGCUGAAGGGCAGCCAGCUCCUGAAGGUCAAGUCCAACUCUUGGCGGAGAGAACGCUUCUACAAGUUGCAGGAGGACUGCAAGACCAUCUGGCAGGAGUCCCGCAAGGUCAUGCGGAGCCCAGAGUCUCAGCUAUUCUCCAUUGAGGACAUUCAGGAUGUGCGGAUGGGGCACCGCACAGAGGGCCUGGAGAAGUUUGCUCGCGAUGUGCCCGAGAACCGCUGCUUCUCCAUUGUCUUUAAGGACCAGCGCAACACACUAGACCUCAUUGCCCCCUCGCCAGCAGAUGCCCAGCACUGGGUACAGGGGCUCCGCAAGAUCAUCCACCACUCGGGAACUAUGAACCAGCAGCAGAAGCUGCGGCAUUGGAUUCACUCCUGCCUGCGAAAAGCUGACAAAAACAAGGACAACAAGAUGAGCUUCAAGGAACUGCAGAACUUCUUGAAGGAGCUCAACAUCCAGGUGGAUGACAGCUACGCACGCAAGAUCUUCAGGGAGUGUGACCACUCCAAGACAGACUCCCUGGAGGACGAGGAGAUCGAGACCUUCUACAAGAUUCUGACCAAGCGGGGGGAGAUCGACCGCACCUUUGCCGAGGCUGUGGGCUCUGGGGAGACCCUGUCCGUGGACCAGUUAGUGAAGUUUCUACAGCACCAGCAGAGGGAGGAGGCAGCAGGGCCUGCACUGGCCCUCUCCCUCAUUGAGCGCUAUGAGCCCAGUGAGACUGCUAAGGCACAGCGGCGGAUGACCAAGGACGGCUUUCUCAUGUACCUGCUGUCGGCCGACGGUAGUGCCUUCAGCCUGGCGAACCGACGGGUCUACCAGGACAUGAGCCAGCCGCUCAGCCACUACCUGAUGUCCUCCUCGCACAACACCUAUCUGCUGGAAGACCAGCUCAAGGGCCCCAGCAGUACCGAAGCCUACAUUCGGGCUUUGUGCAAAGGCUGUCGCUGCCUGGAGCUCGACUGCUGGGACGGGCCCAACCUGGAGCCUAUAAUAUACCACGGCUACACUUUCACCUCCAAGAUCCUCCUCUGUGAUGUGCUCAGGGCCAUUCGGGACUAUGCCUUCAAGGCCUCCCCCUACCCGGUCAUCCUGUCCCUGGAGAACCACUGCAGCCUGGAGCAGCAGCGAGUGAUGGCGAAACACCUGCGCAACAUCCUGGGCCCAUUGCUGUUGGACCAACCGCUGGAGGGUGUCACUACCAGCCUGCCUUCCCCUGAGCAACUCAAGGGGAAGAUCUUGCUGAAGGGGAAGAAACUUGGGGGGCUCCUGCCCCAGGGAGUGGAAGGAGGCCCUGAGGCCACUGUGUUAGAUGAGGACGAGGCUGCUGAGAUGGAGGAUGAGGCAGUGAGGAGCCGAGUGCAGCACAAGCCCAAGGACAAGCUCAGCCUAGCGCAGGAGCUCUCUGACUUGGUCAUCUACUGUAAGAGCGUCCACUUCCCAGGCUUCUCCAGCCCUGGCAGCCCCGAGAUGGCUUUCUAUGAGAUGGCUUCCUUCUCUGAGAACCGCGUGCUCCGGAUGCUCCAAGAAUCAGGAAACAGCUUUGUCCGCCACAAUGUGAACCACCUGAGUAGGAUCUACCCUGCCGGAAGGAGAACGGACUCCUCCAACUACAACCCGGUGGAGAUGUGGAAUGGGGGCUGCCAGAUCGUGGCCCUGAACUUCCAGACACCUGGGCCAGAGAUGGAUGUGUACCUGGGCCGCUUUCAGGACAAUGGGGGCUGUGGGUAUGUGCUGAAGCCAGCCUUCCUGCGGGACCCCAACUCCACCUUCAACUCCCAAGCCCUGAAGGAGGGGCCCUGGUGGGCCCGGAAGCGGCUCCUCAUCAGGGUUAUCUCAGGGCAGCAACUGCCCAAAGUCAACAAGAGCAAGAAUUCCAUCGUGGAUCCCAAGGUGAUUGUGGAGAUUCACGGGGUGAGCCGGGACGUGGCCAGUCGCCAUACAUCUGUAGUGACCAAUAACGGUUUCAACCCAAACUGGGAUGUGGAGUUUCAGUUUGAAGUGACUGUGCCUGAACUUGCCCUCGUGCGCUUCAUGGUGGAGGAUUAUGACGCCUCCUCCAAGAACGACUUCAUUGGCCAGUGCACCAUCCCCCUGAGCUGCCUCAAGCAGGGUUACCGUCAUAUUCACCUCUUGUCCAAGAAUGGAGACCAGUUCCCAUCUGCUACCCUUUUCGUGAAGGUGUCCCUCCAGGAUUAGACUUGGGGAGCCUGGAGAGCUGCCUUCAGCUCCAACACGUUGUCUGUGCUGCUGCCUCUCAGGGCCCCAGGAGCUGGUCCAGUCUCUGGAGCCAUCCUCAAUUCCGUUAAGAACAACACUGCAACACUCUCCACCUUCUGGCUAGCCCCAGGUUGAGGGUUUUUAUAAAAGUCUUAACACUAAA